AUGGCGCCCGUGGAAGGCCGCACAGCAGACUCGUUGGAAGACUCCCAAGAAGAGGCGGAGACAUCACUCAUCUCUCCAAGACGGGGCGACCUGCACCGGGAAGCUGAAUCUGACGAAGAUUCGUCCCCAGCAACCAAGGGGGACAUUAAACACAUGCUCCCGCCAAAUUUGGAAGUCGGACCUCCGAGAGAUACGACAGGAAAUGGGGGCAAUACAGAACAAGCUCCAAGUGGUGGAGGAGAAAGGCAACGUCCGGAAAGCCCGGCUGCAAGCCACUGA